CGCGAUGUCAAAGUGACGGUGGUUGAAAAAGGAGUUAGAGGGGGCGGGACGCAUCCGAUGUUUGGAGGCUUUUUUUUCCUCCAAUAUACAAUUAUUUAUUUAAAUAAAAAUGGCUGCCGUGGAGAGCGAGGAGGAGAGGAUAGAGGAGGCGACAGAGAGCCAGGAGGAGAAAGAACGACCCCACAGUAAGGUGAAGAAGGCUCGCAAAGAACAUCGGCUUAUUGAAAAGGUGGCUGUUUCUCAGGAGCCCUCCCCCUCGUUAGGUUUGGAGCCACAGACCUCGCCAUCAGAGCCAGUGGCGGGGCCAUCACAAGCGUUGCCUGGUACCGAAUCUGCAGGUUCUCCCAGGCAGCGGCGCUCCAUUAUCAGAGAUCGUGGACCGCUGUAUAACGACCCCUCGUUGCCUGUAGGGUGGACCCGCAAGCUCAAGCAGAGAAAGUCUGGACGGUCCGCAGGGAAGUUUGACGUCUACCUAAUCAACUCGGAGGGAAAGGCCUUCCGGUCUAAGGUGGAGCUCAUCGCUUACUUCCAGAAGGUCGGUGAUACUACGACUGACCCAAAUGAUUUCGACUUCACCGUGACUGGACGUGGUAGCCCCUCCCGUCGUGAGAAGAAACCUCCCAAGACACGAAAAGUGGUCAAACCAUCUGGUAGAGGCCGUGGAAGGCCCAAAGGCAGUGGAAAGAUGCAUCAAGCUACAGAGGGUGUGGCCAUGAAGCGUGUGGUUGAGAAAACGCCUGGGAAACUAUUGGUCAAGAUGCCACACAGCAAGGUGGAGUCCACCAGUGAAACCACAACCACCACUUCAAAGGUGUCAUCUCCUGUCCUGCCUCCAGUCAAGUCCCGGCCAGGCAGAAAGAGGAAAUCAGAACAGGAUCUUCCUGCCCCCUUGAAGACCACACCCAAAAAACGUGGCAGGAAACCAGCCUCAGCUGCAGCCACAGCUGCAACAGCAUCUUCCUUGUCAGCAUCAACCUCCAGUAUUUCAGUAGCAGGGGCCUACACCGCCUCCGCCUUCAUGGCUGCUGAGGCCAAGCGCAGAACAACCAAGGAGUCUUCCAGCAAACCUGGGGUCCAGGAAACAGCCCUGCCAAUCAAAAAACGCAAAACAAGAGAGACAAUUGAGGAGGGAGAGACUGUUCCGACACCAGGAUCUCACACCACAGAGCCUGGCAGGAUGGUUCCCUCCGAGGAGGAUGCCGGUCCAAAUGAGCCAACACAUACUUCCCAGGUUCACCUUGCCUCUUUAGAGGAGAGCCAGUUUCAAUCUCAGAGGCAAUCUUCUGUUUCCCAAGAAAGUCAUUCACAUGGACAUAAGACACACAAAGGAAGAAAGCACAAGGAGAAGAGUGAAGCUGCAGGAAGUCAAGAGGAGGAAGUGAUUGAAGAUGUUGAAGAAAAGACAGGAAGAGGAGGAAGGAGUAGAAGCAGUAACACAAGUCCUUCCAAAAGCCAUAAAAGGAAGGAGCGCUUCCCACACAAACACCAUCAUCAUCAUCACCAUCACCAACAUCGUCAUCAUCACCGCCACCGUCAGAGCUCUCUUUUGGAUCAUCCUCACUCAGUAACUGGGCCUUCCAAUGAGUCCAAACUUAAAACAGAGCUAUACACCGAAUCCCAAUCUGCUGUCCCGAAACCACCACCCCUGUCACACCCCUCGCCUCAACCCUGUCCCUUACAGGCCCUCCAGACCAUGCAUUCAGGUCAGAGCUUAGCCCCGUCUCAACUUCCAAUUACUCAGUCUUCUCCCAUCAGACAUCCACCUCCUCAGCCUCGCCCUUCAAAAACACCACCAUCAGUCCAACACAAAACACGGCUUACAGUUCAGCAUGCUUCACCUCUGUCACACCCACAGAUCUCGCUGGGUCAGCACGCCCACACAAGCAAAAUUCAUGAGCGAACCCAGUCCCCAGUAACACUCCAACCUCAAAAUCAGACCAGACCCCCCGUUCAGACUCAACCACAUCCUCAAUCCCAAACACUGACUGGGACCCACCACACAGCUCAGCCACAAAUACAGUCCAGCACGAUAGCCCAACCCCAUCUACAACACCAGUCCAGGACCUCUGCCCUCACCCAGUUCUUGGACAGCCCUCCCCCACAGACUCAGUUUAGAUCACAGCCCCCAAUCCAGGAAAGCUCUCCUUUGCAACACCAGCUUCAAAGCAGACCACAAUCAACAGAGUCUCUCUCACAGUCAAGGCCCCCGCAGGCCGGAGCACCGCUACAUUUUCAACAGAUUCAACCACAGCUGCCCAGCCCCCAUCUGCAACAACUCCCACUACAACUAUCUCUCCGCAUAGCCAGUCGACCCAACCUAGUCUCAGCUCAACAGAGUGAGCAGCCUCAAGACCUCAGCACUACACCCACCACUCAAAGCGUGGAGGGUAGGCCUAGAACCGAAAUACAAGUUGAAGCAGGACUUGUUUCAGAAAGCAGAGACACAAUUGGAGGUUCAAACAGCACUGUGAAGGCUCCCAACUCAGUGCGAUCCGAUCCUUCUGGAAGAGCAGGGACAGAAGACGGUGUCGGUCUCGUGUCUGGGGCGGAAGGCCGACCUCGACUACGAGUAGAUUCGGAGGCAGGGGCUGAGGACAGGGAGCUCAGAGACAUGGUCCCCUCAUCUGCAGUUCCUUGUCCCAGCCGAGAAGAAACGGUUGAGUCUCGGACUGCUGUCACCGAAAGGGUCAGCUGAUCAGUGGGCAUGAUGAGGAAGUGGAUUGCUCCAUUAUUGUGGACUGAGGUGGUACCAAUGAGGGCUCUUCCUCCAUCUUUGUGCACUGUUUCUCAACGGAAUAACCUUUUCUCUUUUUGUCAACCAUCUGAGCGCCGAGCAAGCACUGACGGUGACUGGAAGGACAGAUGGUGUAAUUUUUUUAGGGAAAAAAGUAAACCAUAGAUGUAAACUGUAUAUUUGUGCGUGUGUGGUGUGUGUGUGUGUGUGUGUGUCUGUGUGUGUCUGUGUGUGUGUGCGCGCGCGCGCGCAUAUACAUCAUCAAAAGGCAGCUGUUGUGUCCCGCUCAUUUGGGUGGGGUUAGAUGGGAGCAGUUUUGAAGUUAAAAGAAAUGGCUAAAGACAGAUUAUCUCCAACAAAAUGCCGCUUCUGGCAUAUAAAGUACUUUAUUUUAUAUUUCAAUAGUUUUUUUCAUCUCUUUAGCUUUGUAAUUAAUUAACUGACAUGCCCAAGCAUGUGGCUGUGCUGCUGACGGACACUCCUUUCAGUUGAGUCACAUUUUAAAUAACUCCCAAUUUACUUGACUUCUUUCCUCGUCUAGCAUUCUAUACCUGUAGCCAAUAGUUCUACACUAGUCCACCCACUUGAUUUUACUUGAAUGCGCUGACAAGCAUUGCAAUCCUUGGGACUAACAUUCAACAGACUCUAAUGUGCGAUUAGACACUAGUUCCAUCUUGGUUGUGUUUAAAGAGGAAGCAUGUAUUCUCUUAAACCGAAACCUCUUCACGUAGAUUCUAGUUCUAAUGGGAAAGUGAGAUAAUAAUUACUGUACUGAGUUGUCACGGGAAGAUUCAGAAGUAGAGCUCCAUCAUACCGUUUUGCCAUACGGGCUAAACGCCUGUUAUGGGAAGUCAAUAAUUGUACAACUUAACCAUUCUGAACAUGGUUGGAUGAUUGAAGCAGGUGUGAGGCGGUUAGCCAAAACAUUCACGCACAGCCCAUCUGACAGUAAAAGUGGCCAGAGAUUUUUCUGUUUUGUUUUGUCUACCUAUUGUCUUGCGAUGAUAAACUAGUAAUAGCAGCAAGACCUUUUACCAUAUUUUUCAGUCACACUGUUUGUAUGGUGUCAGGAUAUCUUAGUUGUUUUGUCAUUGGUCAGGGCACAGUAGACAGAGUUUUAUUCAAAACAUAUACAGAAAAUUACAUUUCAAAGAGCCCCUCGUACAAUGUCUAGAGUUUGGUCACAAGACUACUGAACGACUCACUGAUAGGCAGGAUGGUUGACCAAGGUAUAAAUCGAGGGACUCCACACCAGAAAUUUAGAAGUGAAGAAGCCUUUUGGAUUAAAUGUCUUCAACAAACAAGAACAGUCCAGUUUCCUCGAUUCAGCAUUUGCAUCUUGAAACACAUACAGUACAGAACUCUGAAAAAAAAUUUAUCACUUUCUUAAAUUUUUACACAUUUCCAAGAAUUUUAGUCUUAAGUGCUGGUCCACUUCUGAAUUGUAAUGGAUGAGAAACUCUCUGAGACAUCUGAUCGUACACAGUGCUGUGAAUAGGUAUUGCCCACCUUCUCAAAUGUUUAUAUUUUUACAGUUUCUCUACUUUAAUGUUUAAGAUCAUCAAACAAAUGUAACUAUCAUACAUAUUACUUAACUUAGAUUAACUUAAAUGUUAUAUUUAAAUGGUGAUUUCAUUUAUUAAGGAAAAGAAAUAUUUGAAAGUCAACUGGUCCUGUGUGGAAAAAAUGAUUUAAUUAAAUUGUUAAUUAAAUCAAUAAGUGUGGCUAAUCACAAUUUUUGGUUGAUUUUCACUGAUCACACCCAUGUCUGAUUACCUCCAGACCUGUUAAAUCAAGAAAUCACCUAAACAGAAUCUAGCCCAACAAUUUGGAGUUGGACAAAUGAGCUAACAAAGCUGCAACAAAAUGGCAGGAUCCAAAGAAUUUCCAGACAACUCAAAUAAAUGAAAAAAGGAAUUGAAAUCGAUCAGUCUCGAAAGGGUUACAUAAGCCAUUUCUAAAGCUUUAAAGAUUCCAACGGAACAAGAGUCAUUACCCUCGUGUGGAGAAACAACUUCCCAUGAGUGGGUGGCCUGCAAAGAUUACCCCGAGAGAAAGGCCUAUCCAGAGGGCGCAACGGACACAGGACAACUUCAAAAGAACUGCAGGCCUUUGUUUUGCCUCAGUCAAGAUCAAAGUUCAUCACAUAUUAAUCAGGAAGAGACUGGGGAAAAAAUGUCAUCCAUCUGCACUAUCCAAAGGCAAGAAUAACCCACUGCUGAUCAAAAAGAACAAAGUCAUCUUAUUAAGGAAAAAAAAACCCUGACUAAUUUCCAAGCCUGGGGAGAACGUUACAUGGAAUGACCAAGUGAAAGUCGAGCUUUUUGGAAGAUGUGUGUCUUUUUACAUCUGACGUAAUUGUAGCACAGCAUUUCAGAAAAGAACCUCAUACCUACAUUCAAACAUGCUGGUGGUAUUUUGAUGGUCUUUGGGCUAAUAUGCUACUUCAGGACCAGGACAACUUGCUGUAAUUGAUGGAACCAUGAAUUCUGCUCUACAGAAAAUUCUGAAGGAGAAUGUGCAGCCAUCAAUGAGUGGCCUCAAGAUGAAGCGCAGCAUGGGUUCUGCUGUAGGAUAACGAUCCAAAACACACCAGUAAGUCAAGUUCUGAAUGCCUUAAGAAAUGGUUUUGGAGUGGCCUAGUAAGGUCCAGACUUAAAUUCAAACAAUCUUGCAAGGAAUAUUGGUCUAAACUAUCUCUACAGAUAUGUGAAUGAGUCAUUGCCAGUUAGAGAAAAUACUCAAUUUCAUUCAUUCCUUUGGAGGAUGGCACAACUAGUUAAUAAGAUAGGGAGCCAUUACCUUUUCCACAAAGGGCCAGGUAAUUUUGAAUAAUUAUAUUUUUGUCCUUUGUGAUUUGAAAUUACCAUUUAAAAACAGCAUUAUAAGUUCAUUUGGUUCACAUUCAAGGUCAUAUCACUACUGUAAUGUGUUUGAGGAUCUUAAAUUGGGGAAACUACAGUAUGGAAAAAAAAAGAAAUUAAGAAAGGGCGCCAAUACUUUUAUCAUAGCAUUGUACGUUGUUGUGGUCUGUCGCCAUACAUGUAACGGGCUGCAAUGAAAUUUGAUGUUAGGCAUGUCAUGAAGCCUUCGACCCGACCAGUAACUGUCAGUGACUUUUAUCAAUGGCUCAUCUCAGAUUUUCCCCAAUUUUUUGCUGUGUGGCUUGAUGGUACCGCAAAUGAAAGAAAUUAUUUCAGCUUCUUAGGAAUGAUGUCAGUCAAGUUAAGCAUCCAAACAUGUUCUCAACCUCACAAUUGGAAUGCAUUAUUGUACAUUUCCAUUUUGGCGUUCUGGUUUCCUGAUAAAGAGGUGAUAAAAUAGGAAAAGUGCACUUUGCUGGAGAAAGUUCUCACUGGAUUGCAGGUCACCUGACGUUGACCCAUGCUCACCUAUGUAUUUGUGGAAUUCGGUUUUCACAAGCUCCUUAGCUUGCCUAUGUCAGACUGAACAGGACCACAGUAAGCAGCCCCCAUAUUGCAUGUUCCAGAGUCUAGUGCCUAUAACCUCGAGCGUCUUGCCGGAAGCCACCAUGUCAGCCAGCAGCCAUGUUGUUCCUAGACUUAGUAGUGAUUUGUGGUAACCUCAUAGCUGCUGAAUAAUAAUACUCUGCUUACAACUUAAAACACUGUCACUGUAGACUCACUAGUUUUUACUGGGUUACUUUUUUGUUUUUUUUUUUUAUUAAAAGUUUGUUGUCCCCCUA